AUGGGAAUGAUGGAAUCCAAGGAUAAUAUUGCCAAUGUUCGAGGCAAUAGUAGGAUGGAAUCCAAGGAUAAUACUUCCAAUGUUAGAGGCAAUAGUAGUGAGGGAGCUGGCCCUGAGGCUGGCAGUGACUCCACGAAUGUUCUGCAAGACUUCGCUCAAGAGUUAUUCUUUGAAUGGUACUUCCCAGCCACAGUUAGGAAUGAAAAGAUGGAGGAGUUUAUGAAGCUGGAGCAAGGAAAGCUAACAGUUCAGCAGUACGCUGCCAAUUUUCAAGAGCUACCUCAUUUUGCUCCAUUCAUGAUUCCGGAUGCGGCAAUGAAGGCCUGGAAAUUUCAGAAGUGCUUGAAGAAGGAGAUUCCCACCAUAGUAGAGGAGAGUUUUCAAGAGGACCUUGAGGUCCAAGUUCCAAAGAAGAGACCUGCAUCUUCCAGUUCUUAUGGAGGGGAAAAGCAGGGCAAUUGGAAGAAGAAGAAUAGCAGUGGUGCUUCUCAGAGUACCACGUCCACUUUUGUUUGUUCUACGUGUGGGAAACCUCAUGCAGGGCAGUGUUGGAGGGCUAUGGGGGCUUCUUUACGAUGUGGUAAGAUGGGACAUCAUGCGAGGGAUUCUAACCUUCCGAGGUACGACAGAGCUCCACAGCAGCCUUUCAAAGGUGGUGUACAGACACCACGAAGUGGACAGCAAGGGGUUACUGCCCAGGCUAGGGUGUAUUCCUUGACUCCUAGUGAUGUAGAAAAUGUUGAAGAUGUGGUAAUAGGUAAUAUUUACAUGUUGUCCAAUAAAUUUGCUAUAUUAUUUGACUCGGGAGCAACUCACUCCUUUAUCUCCCGGGGAUUUGUUAAACUAUGUGGAUUAGAGAUGCCACAGUUGGGUUAUGAACUGGUAAUGGCUACGCCAUCGGGGUUGGCAAUUGUAUGUAGUAAAGUAAUCAGUGAUUUUCCAAUAGUGAUCCAGGGAAGGGCUAGUAGAUUGCUCCGAGAGGGAUUCCAAGGGUAUCUAGUGUUUGUGAAAGACAAGCCAGUAGAAGAACGUAAACUGGAGGCGAUUCCUGUAGUGCGCGAGUUCCCUGAAGUGUUUCUAGAGGACUUCACAGGAUUACCCCCAGACCGUGAAGUGGAAUUUGUUAUAAAAUUAGCUCCAGGUGUGACUUUAAUAUUGAAAGCUCUGUAUCGUAUGGCUCCAGCUGAAUUGAGAGAGUUGAAAGAACAGCUUUAG